AUGUAUCUCAACCCUCACGGCCCUCACGUGCAGGGCGUCACCAGGAAGCUAGUUGCGCGAUGCUUCUCAGCACUACCACCGCGUUGGCGGACAAAGCCAUCCAAGAAGGAGCUGACACUCUUGAUUCAUCAGACAUCGACUUCCCGAGACAUUCUCGAGAUCAUCAAAGCUCAUAAAGACAGACUGGAUUCAAUCCAUGCAAUCACAUGUCUUUGGAAGCUGGGGAAACUGAAAGGCAAAGCCGCAGAGGUGUCGGAUGUCCGGGCAGUGGUUUCACUCGUGGACGCCCACCUGAAGCAGGACAGAAUCGCCACACGUGGUCUCAGCAACAUCCUUGUCGCCCUGACGUACAUCAACGACGCCUUGCAAAAGUCGCCGGCGUCGCAGCGCCAAGGCAGCCGCGAGCCCGUCUUCAAGCUCGCGAGGAGAGCCGCAAGCCUCCUGCGCAGCCAGGCCGAGGAUGCGAAUGCACAUGACAUUGCGAAUGCCGCCUGGGCCGCUGCGCGCCUGUGGGCCCAAGACAAGGCGCAGGCGGCGGCUGGCCGCCCGCCGGGCUCUGCGAGCGGCGGCGGCUCGGUUCGGCCGAGAGACGCAGAGCUGCUUCGGGGCUCUGCCGCUUUGCUGCUGCGGCGCCUGGCUCCUGUGGCCCGGCAACGCUUGAAGGCUGGGUAUCCCGGUAUCACUUAUCCUCUUGUCGCCAGAGCUUUGAGACCCUGUUUGGAGUUGCAGUUGCAUUAA